UUUUUUUUUCAAUCACCCUUUUAGUGACGUCAUAACUUGCAUAGGAAAUUUAAUAUAGAUUAUAGUAUGUUAUCAAAAUUUAUGAACGUUCUAUCACUAAAUGUUGACAUAAUUGAUUGAAUAUUAAAUUAUCACACAGUAUACCAUGAAAAGCAGCCUGUUUGUUAGUUUUUGCCCGUUUUCAAGAAAGGAGUUAUCAUUAAAAAAACAAAUCGCCAGCUGAUAUAUCCCGGCGACUUUACAAAAGAUUAUAAUCAAGCAAAAUCAUCAUUCAAAAAUGGCUAGGAUUUGUUUCACUUAUUUCGCAAAUUUGCUUUCAAGUUUUAUGACGUCGUCAUCAUCGUUUUCCGCUAAGUUUAAUUUUGUUCUUCUAAUAAUUUUUUGUUCCGAAUACGUCAGGGCUAGAUCUCCACAAUUGGUAUAGAUUAGGUUCGUCUGGAAGGACACGCACUGCUCAAUACAAGAUUGUGUUUGUACGGUAUGGUAUUAUUCUCCUGCAUUUGAUUUUUUUUAGAGCAAGAGACCAGAGAGAGAGCACGUAAACAUUUGAGAGACGUGCGUUGUCCAAUUCAUUAUUUGUUUAGCAAUCCAAAGUGUGCUGGAACUGUUUAUGUGACGCUAAAAAUUUAAUUCACUAGGUAGUUUCUAUCCGUGCAUGGAAGGGAGAAGCAUAAAUUGAGAAAACCUCAUCAAGUACCUGAAUGCUGCGAUAAAAUUUCAUGAGCUGUGUAAAAGGAAGUAUCGUAAAAACUCUUCUGUGCUUACGUCACGUACAGAAUUAGUAUUUCCUUUUGUCUCUGCCUUGCCAGCACAAAAUUGCUUCAACUGCUUCAUAAACAGCAAUCUGCAAUAAGUGGAAUAUAGCCACAUCUUUAGAAUAUAAUUCAUUCAUGGGCGCAGACUGAAGUGGGCAAAGUUUCGACAGCUUCGGGCCAUAAAAAGAAAACCUCAUUUUCCAGAUUGUGUGCAACAUGAGCCAUCCGCAUAAGAUGCCUGGGCAACUGUCGGCCGCCAUGAUAUUAGAUGAUAAGUUCAACUUUUCUACCGAGGAAAAAAGUGCUGAGCGUUGCAAAACAAUGACUAGUGAUGAAAAUCUGGAGGAAUUUACAGAUCCGUUUUGCAAUGCUGAUAAUCCGCAGAUAAUUACGUUUCAAGAUGUUACUUCGGCGGCAUUCAGAAUCAAGAACGGAAUCGAGCACACACCCUGUCCGAAAUCACACCUGUCCGAAGUAAUCGAUAUGGACAUAUAUCUGAAGAAAGAGUUUCUCCAGUUCACGGGCAGCUUCAAAGAACGGGGAGCACGAUAUGCGCUUGUUAUGCUGUCGGAAGAACAACGAAAGAAGGGAGUGAUUUCAGCCUCCUUGGGAAAUCAUGCACAGGGUCUUUGCUAUCAUGGCUGGAAGCUGGGCAUACCAGUCACCGUGAUAAUGCCGUCGAAAGCUUCCCUGAUGAAGAUACAGAAAUGCCGUGACUACCAUGCCAACGUAAUCGUACAGGGCUCUGACAUGGGUGAGGCAAAAAAGAUUGCAUUGAAAAUGGCUCAUGAAACUGGCCUAACGUACAUCAAUGGUUACGAUCAUCCGCACAUCAUGGCCGGUCAGGGCACAAUCGGGCUGGAAAUUGUAGAACAAGUGAGCAACAUCGAUGCUGUUGUGGUUCCCGUUGGAGGUGGCGGUUUGAUUGCUGGAGUUGCAACUGCCAUCAAGAAUUUAAGCCCCCAAACCAAAAUCAUUGGCGUAGAAUCGGAAAAGUGUCCUAGUUUCACAAAAGCGUUGGAAAACAAGGCACCCAUUUACACUCCGAACAAGGAAACACUAGCGGAUGGUCUGGCCGUACCUCAGGUGGGCUACAAUGCUUUCGCUACCACGGUUCCACUGCUGGACAAGAUGAUAGUAGUCAAAGAGGAGUGGAUUGCACUGGCUAUUUUGCGACUAGUCGAGCAGGAAAAAUGCGUCGUAGAGGGCGCCGGUGCGUCAGGUCUAGCUGCGAUGUUGGCCGGUCAUUUGGACGAGUUCAAAGGAAAAAGGGUUGUACUGUUAAUAUGCGGCGGAAACAUUGACACCACCAUUUUCGGUCGAUGUCUUGAACGUGGCUUAGCUGCAGAUGGUCGUUUGCAGAGAUUUACAGUAACGGUCAGUGAUGGCCCGGGUGGUGUAUCGAAACUAUGUAACUUAUUGGCCAAACUUGGUGUUUCCAUUAAGGAUAUAAUGCACGAACGUGCGUUCAUUCGAGACAUUCACAGUGUAGAGGUUAAAGUCGUCUGCGAAACACGUGACUGGACCCAUUCGCAAGAAAUGCGAAAAGCACUACAAGAUACAUACGAUAAUGUUUGCUUCUAUGACCUUCCCAUGGCUUUUUAGAAGGAAAAUACGAAUAGGAACACAUUUUUAUUAUUAUGCUGAUACAUCCUCCUAUUUGAUCAGUUUACGAAAUAUAUCGGAAAUAAAGUUUAACAUUCAA